AAAAAACAACACAAAUCAUCGCGAUAAAUGUUCAUAUAACGAGACACUAUUUGGCAUAGAAUCCACGUUUGUUCUUUUGUGUAUGGCUUCAGAGAAAGAAGUUGCUCUUGCAACUACUCCCCCACUUGCCUCUGAAUCCGAUCAUCCCACCAUGUUUAGCAGUAUAAUCAAAAAGGAGAUUCCUUCUACUGUGUUUUAUGAGGAUGAUGAGGUCCUUGCCUUUAGGGAUAUAGCUCCCGAAGCUCCUCCUCAUAUUAUAAUCAUUCCCAAAGUUAGAGAUGGUUUGACUGGUCUAUCUAAGGCUCAAACCCCAUCAUUUUCAACCCAAGUCAGGUCGGAUAAUAUUAUGCUUGGUGAAGAACAACAAUCAACUCAAAAAAACCGAAGAAUAAGGUUCACCCCGGGAGAAGAUAAAAUUCUCAUCCAAGCAUGGCUAAAUGUUCCCAAGAAGAAUGCAGUUGUGGAGGGAAACCAAAAAGCAGAUUCCUUUUGGUUAAGAAUUAAAAAUAGGUACAAUAAGAAUCGUGGCCAUUUCAAAGCGAGGGGAGUGUCACAAAUAAAAUCUCGAUGGCAUAAGUUGAAUAGCAUAGUUCAAAAGUUUGUAGAGUGCUACACACUAGCUUUUCAAAACAAGAAAAGUGAUAGCUCCGAGUCUGUCAUCAUGGGAGAUGCAUAUGCGAUUUAUUAUCAAGAUGUAGGUGAGCAAUUCAAGUUGGAGUUUGCAUGGCGACUGUUGAAAGAUGAACCUAAAUGGUCAAAAACAUCAUUUGAAGGAGCUAGCAAGAGAACAAAGAUUUCUGCUUCUGGAGCAUACUCGAUCUCAUCUAAUUUGGACACACCAUCAAGUUGUGAAUACAACACAACAUCACCUACUGUGGUUUGUCCAUCGGGGACAGAAGUAGAAAAAAGAAAGGGAAAAUCAAAAUCGGAUGAAACAUCUUCUGUUAAUGUUGAGCUAGUUGAAGUACAAGAGAUUCCAAAGUCAAAAGUUCUCGUCAUGGGAGAAUUGGCUCGCGUCCAGGAUGAACAAAAUAAGUUGAAGGAGAAAGAGUUGAAUAUGAAGGAGAGAGAGUUUGAGCUGGAGUUCCUCUUCAAGGAUACAUCCAGGAUGACACAUAGACAACUACGAGAUCAUGAGAUGUUGGGUAAUUUGAUUAGAGAAAAAUAUGGAAUUAUGUGAUGUAAUGAUGUUAGUCAAGGUAGCCAUUGUUCAAAGUAGUUGUUUUUUUUCGAACUAGUCAUUAUGUAGUCUCUCAAUAUUUAUUCAAACAUAGAGGAUUUUCACAUCUCUCAAUUGUGCAAUCUUGUUUCAUCUUCUCAUCAUCCUCAUGCUUAUAUCAGUGAUAUGAAGCAUGUUUUGAUGUUGAUCUUUAUCUCUUCAGCCAAUAAAAUUCAACAGUUACUGAAAUAUGAAGAAAGUGGUCA